AUGUCCCCCGCGCCUUCUAUCACCGACCUAACUGCAGCUCUUCCGAAUCUAGAGAUCAGUACCCAAGAAUCGUCAAAGUACAUCCUCUUGGAUCCUACCGAUAAUGCUGACGACACCAUGGAGGUUGGAACCUUUGACGACAUCUCCAGCUUUGUUGAGGAAAAGACUCCGUUGGCCACCUCUGAUGACCAGAAUCACUGGCAGACUGAACACCGGCAGAAACUCAAAGCAGCAUUCGAGGACUGCUGGAAGGCUCUAGACGCCUGCGAAUCUCCGGGAAGAGGAACCACCAAGCUCGAACUGCAAAACCACAUGCUAGUCACUGACUGGACCGAACCUCUGCCCCUCGAAGCAGCGCCAGUGGACAACCCUGAUUCGAAGAUAUACCAGGCCGUCAACGCGUACAAAGUCCUUCAUGAUCAACUCGAAUCUUUGGCUACAUGUGUCAGCGUGCCCUGGAAGCCUUCCACAUGCGCGGGAGCUCCAUCGCUCCAGGUAUCCGUUGACACCAUGAAGCAGAAACAUGCGUUUUGGUUCCUCCUGAGACGCAUGAUCUUCAAACGUCUGAUCAAGGCUAACGAGCGUCUGGGUCCUUUCAAUCUUGCUUUGGAGGAUUAUCAAGCCGAAUGGAGCGAUGUCCUUCCCCUCGAUGACGUCCCUCCCCUGGAAGACGACAACGACGCGGCCUCGGAGCCAGAUUCCCCAUGA